AUGUACAUAUUUUAUAAAUACUUUAUAAAAAUAAAUACUAACAAGCGUUACAAAAUUACAGGUGCACCUGACAAUGCAGGUACAGAGUUCAUCAUCGGCUACAUGGAAAAUAUCGCGGCUAACUUUGACGUGGAGCUCUUCGUUACGACAACCAAAACAACCACUGUCAACGUUCAAAUCUCAGCUCCUCGUUACACUUCCGCGGGAAUCAGCGAGAGCUUCACCGUUACUGCUGGUGUUGUUAAAGAGUUGUCGUUCUCGCCAUUGAUUCGUAUGUCGGGGACGAACAUGGAUUCCAAGGGUAUAUUGAUCAGCGCGGAUGAUGAAGUUGUGAUUUAUGGGGUCAACAAGGAAACGUAUUCGUGUGAUGCCUUUCUCGGUCUUCCCACCGACGUCCUUGGUAAGGAAUACCUCGCCAUCACCUACUAUCCCCCAUCACAACAGUGCGAGAUCUUGAUUGCUGCCGUAAAUGACUCCACCUCAGUAACGGUGACCCUUGGGUCAGCAAUCGGCAAUAGCGAUUACGUCUACUACGACAGUGACUACUACUUCUCCGGAGAUUCCUUCUCACUUUCAAUGGACAGAUACGAUACGUUUCAAUUCUACAGCACCGGCGAUCUUAGCGGCACCAUGAUCGUCGCUGACAAAAACAUUGCUGUAUUCAGUGGCAACAAGAAGACAAAGAUCGGGUCGGGGGGAAGUUCCGAUCAUUUAGUAGAACAACUGACGAGGAUCGAUUCCUGGGGCAAGAACUUUAUCACAGUUCCCAUCCCGUUGCGGACAGUUGGUGACUACUUCCGGUUCAUACCGAGUGAGAGCUCCACAACAGUGACAAUUACAGGCGGUUAUACCGAAACUUUUACCAUCACUAACGCUGGUGAUAUGGUUGAAAAGGAAAUCCCUUCUACUGCUUACUGCAAAAUUACUUCAGACAAACCAGUUCUUUUGGUGCAAUUUUGUUUGAGUCAGCAGAGUAGUGGCGAGGAAUCUGAUCCGAUGAUGAUGAUUAUUCCGCCUAUCGAACAGUUCGCUGCAGAUUACACGUUCGCCACGCCGAAAUAUUCCCAGGGGUCGUAUAAUAACUACUUCAUGUUUGUGGUGAAAGAAUCCCAGAAGGACGGACUCCGACUGGACGGUGACGUGUUUCCAUCUACCACGUAUAAUAGUAUCAGUGGAACCGAAUACGUUGCUGGAUACGUGGCCGUUAGUCACGGCUCCCACACGGUUCGGCACACCUCUACCAUCUCCAUAUUCGGUGGCUAUUUAUACGGCCAAGCAAAGUACGAGACAUACGGAUUUACAACAGGCAUGCGCAUGGCCCCAAUCAACACUGUAUGUGUUAACUCUACGUCUGUGGUUGGUGAUGGUUUGGACAACGACUGUGACGGCCUGAUAGACGAGGAGCUCUGUACGUCAGCCAAUGGCGGAGCAGAAUCCCAGAAGGACGGACUCCGACUGGACGGUGACGUGUUUCCAUCUACCACGUAUAAUAGUAUCAGUGGAACCGAAUACGUUGCUGGAUACGUGGCCGUUAGUCACGGCUCCCACACGGUUCGGCACACCUCUACCAUCUCCAUAUUCGGUGGCUAUUUAUACGGCCAAGCAAAUUACGAGACAUACGGAUUUACAACAGGCAUGCGCAUGGCCCCAAUCAACACUGUAUGUGUUAACUCUACGUCUGUGGUUGGUGAUGGUUUGGACAACGACUGUGACGGCCUGAUAGACGAGGAGCUCUGUACGUCAGCCAAUGGCGGAGCAGAUGAUGACGGAGAUGGCUUGGUUGAUGAAGAUUGUGCAAAACCCGCUCCAGUUGACGGCGGGGUUACAGACUGGACAUCGUGGGACACGUGUACCGUCACGUGCGGAGGUGGCACUCAGGGCCGAAAUCGUAGCUGUACCCAACCAGCCCCUGCCCACGGGGGUGCCAGUUGCAAUGGAACGGACUCCGAGACCCAGGAUUGUAACACCGCCGUUUGCAUCAUCGAUGGAGCCUGGGGAGCCUGGGGAUCGUACGGUGUGUGCACAGUCACGUGUGGAGGUGGAAGUCAGUCGCGCGCACGAAGCUGUGACUCUCCACUUCCUGCCAAUGGAGGCCUCCAAUGUUCGGGAGACUCUAGCGAGUUUCAAUCGUGCAACAGUGCUGUCUGUUCAAGCCCAUCCCCCGGUACCUAUGUGCAGAAUUGCCCCUCCGGAUGGUUUUCGUGCGAAAAUCCAUCGACCUCUUGCAUCGAAGACGCCUUUAAAUGUGAUUGUGAAAUGGACUGUACGGACGGAAGUGACGAAUCAGAGACGUAUGCCGGAUGUUCAUCUGCUGUUUUGGCAGCAUGUCCGGGCGGUGCUUCCAGCUCCCGUUCCGGCUCCGGAGCGGCAGAAGUUGUAUCUGUCUACCAGACACGCAGGGAGCAUUCGGUGACGUUGGACGUCUUUACAGCAAACAUGGCCAAAGUUGUCCUUCAGUGCGUGGUUCUAGUUGCGCUUUUGCUCGCCUCAGCAUUAUGUGCACCUGACAAUGCUGGUACAGAGUUCAUCAUCGGCUACAUGGAAAAUAUCGCGGCUAGCUUUGCCGUGGAGCUCUUCGUUACGUCAAUGAAAACAACCACUAGUUUCACCGUUACUGCUGGUGUUGUUAAAGAGUUGUCGUUCUCGCCGUUGAUUCGUAUGUCGGGGACGAACAUGUAUUCCAAGGGUAUAUUGAUCAGCGCGGAUGAUGAAGUUGUGAUUUAUGGGGUCAACAAGGAAACGUAUUCGGGUGAUGCCUUUCUCGGCCUUCCCACCGACGUCCUUGGUAAGGAAUACCUCGCCAUCACCUACUAUCCCCCAUCACGACAGUGCGAGAUCUUGAUUGCUGCCGUAAAUGACUCCACCUCAGUAACGGUGACCCUUGGGUCAGCAAUCGGCAAUAGCGAUUACGUCUACUACGAUAGUGACUACUACUUCUCCGGAGAUUCCUUCUCACUUUCAAUGGACAGAUACGAUACGUUUCAAUUCUACAGCACCGGCGAUCUUAGCGGCACCAUGAUCGUCGCUGACAAAAACAUUGCUGUAUUCAGUGGCAACAAGAAGACAAAGAUCGGGUCGGGGGGAAGUUCCGAUCAUUUAGUAGAACAACUGACGAGGAUCGAUUCCUGGGGCAAGAACUUUAUCACAGUUCCCAUCCCGUUGCGGACAGUUGGUGACUACUUCCGGUUCAUACCGAGUGAGAGCUCCACAACAGUGACAAUUACAGGCGGUUAUACCGAAACUUUUACCAUCACUAACGCUGGUGAUAUGGUUGAAAAGGAAAUCCCUUCUACUGCUUACUGCAAAAUUACUUCAGACAAACCAAUUCUUUUGGUGCAAUUUUGUUUGAGUCAGCAGAGUAGUGGCGAGGAAUCUGAUCCGAUGAUGAUGAUUAUUCCGCCUAUCGAACAGUUCGCUGCAGAUUNGGUUCGGCACACCUCUACCAUCUCCAUAUUCGGUGGCUAUUUAUACGGCCAAGCAAAGUACGAGACAUACGGAUUUACAACAGGCAUGCGCAUGGCCCCAAUCAACACUGUAUGUGUUAACUCUACGUCUGUGGUUGGUGAUGGUUUGGACAACGACUGUGACGGCCUGAUAGACGAGGAGCUCUGUACGUCAGCCAAUGGCGGAGCAGAUGAUGACGGAGAUGGCUUGGUUGAUGAAGAUUGUGCAAAACCCGCUCCAGUGGAUGGAAACUGGGCUAGUUGGGGCUCCUUUGGCGAUUGUUCGCUGACAUGUAUGGACUUCGGAUCGUCACAGACAGGAAUCGAAGAACGGACUCGUAACUGUACGGAUCCUGCCCCGGCAUAUGACGGAGCGCAGUGUGUGGGAAGUGGCUCAGAAACGCAGUCAUGUACGACCUCAACCUACUGUGCUAUACAUGGCGAUUGGGGAUCAUGGGCAGCAUGGGGAGACUGCUCCGUGACAUGCGCAACAGGUGUCAAGAACCGUACACGUGAAUGCGACACUCCCGCCCCUCAAUAUGGCGGCAACAACUGUAGCGGGGACGCUUCAGACCAGAUGGCUUGUACCCUAAACCCGUGCCCAGUUGACGGUGGGUUUACAGACUGGACAUCGUGGGACACGUGUACCGUCACGUGCGGAGGUGGCCCUCAGGGCCGAAAUCGUAGCUGUACCCAACCAGCCCCUGCCCACGGGGGUGCCAGUUGCAAUGGAACGGACUCCGAGACCCAGGAUUGUAACACCGCCGUUUGCAUCAUCGAUGGAGCCUGGGGAGCCUGGGGAGCCUGGGGAUCGUACUGUGUGUGCACAGUCACGUGUGGAGGUGGAAGUCAGUCGCGCACACGAAGCUGUGACUCUCCACUUCCUGCCAAUGGAGGCCUCCAAUGUUCGGGAGACUCUAGCGAGUUUCAAUCGUGCAACAGUGCUGUCUGUCCAAGCCCAUCCCCCGGUACCUAUGUGCAGAAUUGCCCCUCCGGAUGGUUUUCGUGCGAAAAUCCAUCGACCUCCUGCAUCGAAGACGCCUUUAAAUGCGAUUGUGAAAUGGACUGUACGGACGGAAGUGACGAAUCAGAGACGUAUGCCGGAUGUUCAUCUGCUGUUUUGGCAGCAUGUCCGGGCGGUUCUUCCAGCUCCCGUUCCGGCUCCGGAGCAGCAGAAGCCAUUUCGAGGGUUAGCGUGGUCCUGAUGCUGGUUUGUCUCUUUGUGGCUGGAAGAAUUGCGAUCUAAAGAAGAACAAGAGAAAGAACACACAGAAAAGACACAUACUGUAAACAUCCAUAUGUUAGCGGUUUUCUUAUUUUAGCGCCUCAUAUGCUUUACAUAUUGCGCUAAUUGAAACGUCUGUUUAACAUGUCUAUAACGUAUAGUAUGGGUGCGCUAAUUAAUCCAUGCCCUUAUCUGUUACAAUUCGAUUAUGAGCCUAAAUUUCAGUACGUUAACAGUGUCUUAUCAACAUUUUAGAAACAUCUGUUUCAUAAAGAAAACACUUCUUUCAACACAUCUACGUGUAUGUAUAUAAACCUUUUUUUUUAUUGCUGUUGAUAUAUCCAGUUUCAUUUUCGAAGAAUUGAAGACUCGUGACUGUUAAAAAACUCAUGUAGCUCUUCGUGGUCCGAUUCUGGAUUUAUGAAUAAUUUUUAGUUUUUUUCUUUCAUAAAAUAUUAGGUAUAUAACAUAGGUUUAGGACGCUGAUUAUGUAUCUAAUUAAAUCAAUUAACUUUGCUUGUAAAAUGCAAGACUAAAGCAGAUAAAAAAAAAUUCGCGAUCACUGAUUUUCGAAAUUAUACAUCAUACCAAUAAUAUCAUAUAAAGACAAGAGGUGCCGAAUGUGCAUAAUAUCAUAUAAAGACAACAGGUGCCGAACGGUACUUAAAUUUUGAGGUUUCAUUUACACUGUAUUCGUGACUUGACAAAACACGCAAAAUAUGAAGCUAAUAACGGUGUUGUACGAAAUUUGAACCCCGCGUAUUUGUUCCGGGAAUAAAGCUUCAAAAUCAUCAGCUUGUGAAAUUGAAGUUCUAAAUAGUAUUUGAGUUCUUUAUAGUCGAAGUCGGUUUUCCUCAAUGUUUACUGCUCGAAUGAAUAUGCUUUAGUUAUGACGAGGUGUCCUACUCAACUGAUGCUGUAGUGCUAACCUUUACCAUUUAGGUAAUUUCCACAAUUUUCAUGACGUAGUUCACAAAAGAUAUCUCACGUUUUAUGUAUAUUCACCAUUAUUUAUAUUUAAUCUGUCAUGUGGUUCAUAAGAUUUGUAGUGUAUUAAAGGGAAAAUAUAUAAACUUUAUCUGAAAUGAUACUUCCUCGUUCUGUCGUUAAGUGCUUUGAACUUUUUCAUUCAAUGAUAUAUUUGUACAAUUUAUAGCUAUAUUGAAAUACUCAGCCCCUUUUAAGGGUUUGAGUUAUAGUAAGCUGUGAUUAAGUGCUUCGCCUUUAUCAGUCUUGUUGAUUUUAUCUGUAUUUAUCAUAUAUUACAUUAAAAAAUAAUUUUCUAA